AAAAUAAAAAAUAAAAAUAAAUAAUUAAUAAUAAUUAAUAAACAAUAAAAAUGAUUGGACAUUCAACUUCACGUGCUUGUGUUUUCAUAAAUUCAAAUAAUCCAUCCUUACCCAGUCAAUUAAUAAAUUCUCCUACUCCUUUGAUACGACCACCAUUUCCUCCUACAAUAGAUCCACACGAUCUAAUUUCUCCAGUUAAUACUUCAAAGGAUUCUAAGGAUGAUUUAAGUCAAAAAAAGCUUCGUACAAGGGCUCCUAACGCUUUUAUAAUUUAUCGUAAGGUUUUUAUUGAAACUGCACGUUCUCAAGGUUAUUAUUUACCAAUGACUGUGAUUUCUUCCAUGGCAUCUCAAUCUUGGGAAAAAGAAAAUGAAGUGGUUAAAUCUGAAUAUAGACGUUUAGCAAGGGAAGCUUUUAAUAUUCAUUGUGAAAUGUUACCAAAAUCUUUUUCUCCACGUCGUAGAAAAAGAGAGAAAUGGAACAUAAUCUCUUUUGAUGACCAAGAUAAUAAUAAUAAUAAUAAUAAUAAUAAUAAUUUUAUGAGAACGAAGAAAGAGGAAUUACCGGGUUUAUUUAGUUGGAAUAGUCGAUCUACUACUGAACCUUGUAUUGAACAUGUUACUUUUACAAAUCCAAUGUUAUCAUCAUCUAAUUUAUGUUCAUCCGGUUUAUCCGGUUCCCCUGAAUUAAGUAAUAAUAUUCUUUUAAAAGAACAUUAUAAUCCUGCUCUUAAAUUACCCCCUUUAAUUCCCUCUAAUAAUAAGAAUCAUGCGAUGCAUACUUCACUUCCUAAAUUAUUUAAACCUGUAAUUUCUAGUAAAAUUCGUUUAUUAUUGAAUGAUGAUGAUGAUGAAUAAAUAAUAAUAAUAAUAAU